AUGGUAGAUUUAUGCUCUGUUAUUCUACACUACAGAUCAAGUGAAGUUAAAUUUGAUAAUAUUGAUCCUGACAAGUAUAGUUAUGAGGACUUAUGUCUAGCCAUUAGGAGAUCAUUUCCUAGUAUUAAUGGGGGUAUUGAAGGGUUAAAGAUGACAUAUAUUAAUGAGGAUAUUGAAGGGUUUCAAGGGUUGAGCAUGGACUGUAGCUUUGAUGUAAAAACAAUGUUUGCCUUAUGUGUGGAUAAUUGCUUCCAUGUGUUAGUUGAGGAUAAAGAUCAGAGAGUUGAAGAAGACUCUGAUUCUGAUUUCCAAGCCAACAUUGAUGAAGAUGACAACAGAAGUGAAGUGCCAAGUGAUGAAGCUAAUGAUGAUGAUGAUGAUGCACUGAGUGGAUAUGAAUCAGAUAAUCAUUGCGAGCAUACAAAUUGGUCUGAUGAGGAGCUGGAUAAUGAUCCAUUACAAGGAUGCAUGGAUUUUGGGGAUACAGUAUUCACUCCUGAACCUGGGGAAAAGAUCACUUUAAAGAAAGGUCAGGUGUUUACUGAUGUGUAUCAAUUUAGACAAGUGUUGAAAGAUUACAUCAUUCAAGAAGGCUUUCACUGUGUGAGAGAUAAGAAUGAAAAGCAGAGGGUUAGAGUACAUUGUGGGGGUGAAAACUGUGCUUGGAGACUUCAUGCCUCCACCUUACCUGAUAAUGUAACAUAUAUGAUCAAGGUUUGUCCAUGUGAGCACACAUGUACCAGAGGAGCUGUUGAUAAUGAGGUCAGUGCCAAGUGGUUAGCCUCAAAGCUGAUGGAUCUCUUAAGAUCAGACCCUGAUGCAAACCUGAAGGCAAUGAGGCAUGAGGUGACAAAAUAUGGGGUCAAACCACAAUACAUGCAGUUUUACAGGGCUAAAAGCAUUGCACUUGAUCAGAUACAAGGAAACCAUGCAAAAUUGUUUGAAAAACUACCAUAUUAUGGUACUAUGGUUCUUGCUACCAACCCAGGCAGUGUAGUUACACUACAAUGUGAUGUUGAAGAUGUUGAAGAUGAAAAUGGGUUAGGAGUACCACAAAAGCCACCUACAUUCAAGAGGUUUUUCAUGGGACUUGCUGCACUGAGAGAUGGAUUUUUAAGUGGGUGUAAUCCAUUUAUUGGCUUUGAUGGAUGCCAUCUUAAAGGGCCAUAUGGUGGUGUGUUGCUUUCAGCAAUAGCACUGGAUGGCAACAAUGGCCUAUAUCCAAUAGCAUUUGCUAUUGUUGAGACAGAGAAUAGGGACAGCAGAAGGUAA